ACCACCCAAACUCACAAGCCAAUCAUCAUUUGACACGUGGUGGAUAAGGACAAAGAGCUAAACUUUCUAGUGCAAUUCAUCUUCUUCCUUAUUAGUCCACCUUCCUACUUCAUCACUUCACACACACUCUUUUUCCUUUCACGGAUCCCUAAACUUUCACUAAUAUUCAUCCAUUUUUCACUUCUUGGGGUACCUUUUUUUUUCACAAAUUUAGCAGUUUUAUGUGAAUUUGAACCGGGUCGAGCUCAAUUUCGGGUCAUAAAUUCGGGUUUCCAAAAGGGUCUUGCUUAGAUCUGAAAAGUUUCAGACUUUUUCACUUCUUGGGGUUCAUUUUUCAGUUCUUGAAUUGCAUUUUUUGAUUAAUGUAGCAUUUUUAUGUGAAAAAUAUGAAGUGGGUCGAGCUCAAGUUCGGGUCAUAAAUUCGGGUUUUGCUUGGAUCCCAAAGUUUCAGUGUUUUUUCAGUUCUUGAAUUGAAAUUUUAUUAUGUAAAUUCGAUUUUUAUGUGAAAAUAUGAACCGGGUCGAGUUCAAUUUCGGGUCAUGAAUUCGGGUUCUAUGAUGGGUCAUAAACGGGUCGAACAAAUGGGGGAAAGGGUACCUAAAAGGAUGUUUCUUGGAUGUCAAAUGCCAAUAGUAUUACUGGUGGGUGGAAAUCACACUUCUUCCAGGUUUUGUACUCGUUAAUCUUUUUGUAUUUCUUGUUUUUGUUGGCUUAAAUCUGUUGUUUUUAGCUUAACUUGCUAUUUAUAGAUCUUGAUAUAAUUGGAAAGAUUUGAAAUUUUUGAGGUAUAAAGUUGAAAAAAAUGGAUAUGAAGGUCUUGAAAUGGCAAAUAGUUCAUGGAUCAUUAGUGAAACGUUUGAUUGUUAAAGGGUUCUUGUUUGUAGCUGUUAUGAUUGUUGUGUCAUUUGUUCAAAUGGCACAUAUGAUUAAGAACUCUGAGCCUAUGGUGUUGAAUUUUGGUGUAUGCCCUUUGAACUUUGGGGAUAAUGAUCAGUAUGUGAGCAUCACCGGGUUGUUUAAACCGGUAUUUGGAUUGGGGUUUCCGAUGUUUGGGGCGUCGUUGAUGAGGCGUGACGAUGAAAAUUUGACCAAGAAUGUGUUUAAGGAGAUGAUGGGAAGGGGAUUCUUGGGAUUGAAUUGUAAUGCAUUGUGUGUUGGGAAGAAAUCGUCGAAUGCAGCUUUGGUGCUGCAAGAAUUGGGGCUGUUGAAUGUUGUUGGUGUUGAUGCACACCCGUAUUUCUCUCUUAUAUGGAGAAGAUUUGUGUAUGAGCUUGAUCAUGAGAAUAGUUCUUUUGACUUUGUGUUUUCGAGGGAUUUGGAUAAAGUUACUGUUCCAGCUCUUAUGGUGCUUGAGAUUGAGCGUGUCUUACGUCCAGGGGGCACCGGUGCGCUGCUUGUGGGUUCUAGUAGUUUCUACGCGGGAAACUUGAUAAAAGGCAACUUGAUAAGGUCUGCUACUCCAGUUGCGUCGUUCUUGAAGAGUUCAGAUGUUGUUCACGUAUGCGGAGUUGGCGCCUAUACCCUAGUGAUAUUCAAGAAACGAUCAGAGAUUGUUGAUUCUCUCGAGCAUUAUGUGCUGCCUGCUAAUUGUCCUUCCACCGCGAACAACAAGCCAUACUUGAAGUACCUUGAGCCACUCGUGGAAAAGAAGGUUGGACAGUUUGAGACGCAAAUCUCGUACUUGCCCAAGUUCAUGAACAUCUCAACAAGGAACAAACUGGUGUAUAUCAACGUUGGUGCUGGGGAAUUCGUAGAAACAACUCUUGCAAGAAUGUUCAAGCCUCAUUAUCCGAUCCCUCACCACUUGUUCAACGUUUUCGUCAUUGAUCACAACACCUCUGCCCUAUCUUUGUAUGUGAAGAAUCCUGGUAUUAACUUUGUAUACCAUCCAGGACUCGCUGUCGCCGGAGAGGAUCCUUUGGCAUAUGUUGACACUGACGAAUUUUUGAGCGCGCCGCUAGAUCAUGAAGGAUUCGACUUUAUUCACUGGUUUAGUGAAACAGUUGAAGAUGGAGAUUACGUCGUCCUCAUGAUGAAUGCUAGAGCAGCAGAGCUAAACAUUCUAGCGGAACUAUUCAAAACUGGAUCGAUAUGCCAUAUCGAUGAACUGUUCCUUCGUUGCUCGGCUGCCGACUGCAUCAGCCUUAUCAAAACUCUGAGGAGAAGUGGUGUCUUUGCUCAUCAAUGGUGGGGAGACUAAGAGUUUUGUCAAGUGUUUGGUGCAUAUUUAUGUUGUUGUCUUUUCUUAAACUUUUGCUUUAGUUUGUCAUGUUUGGGAAUAAAUAGAGGGGAGGUUGUUGUAGGUUGAAAGUUGAAACUUUUAUCUUCCUUUCUCCCCUCUGGAGCUGCACUUGUUAUGUCUUGUGUAUGUGAGUUGUGUGUUUGUAAGUUCCUCUUUAAAGUCUAUAUAUGGAGGAAAUAUGUGUUGUGUGUUCUAAAA